AUGCGAUGGGCUAAAGAGGAAGGUUCUGAUAAGAUUUUAAGUCAAAACAACGUUGGGACUAACAUCAGGAAGCCAACCACUGAGUACACUUCUGAAGAAUAUUCAUCACUCAUCGCUACCAACUUAGAAUCUACUUACCACCUUUCCCAACUUGUUCCUCUCUUGAAAGCAUCCGGGCAAGGAAGCAUUGUGUUUAUAUCCUCUGCUGCCGGGAUGGCGGAUAUAGGUUCCGGGACCAUUUAUGCAGUAAGUAAAGCUGCAAUCAAUCAGCUUACGAAACAUCUGGCUUGUGAGUAGGCGAAAGACAAUAUCAGGAGCAAUGCUGUCUGCCCUUGGUACACUAGAACCUCACUCGUGGAACAUUUGCUGGAUAACAAGGAGUUUUUGGAAGAGAGAACGUCGCGAACUCCUCUUGAGCGCAUUGCAGAGCCUGGGGAAGUCUCAUCUCUGGUAGCAUUCCUUUGCCUGCCGGCUGCUUCGUACAUCACCGGUCAGAUUAUUUCUGUGGACGGAGGAAUGACUGUAAACAGUUUCAACCCUACUAGCCGGCCAUUUUGAUCCUCUGUCUCUCACAUUCUUACCAUGCUUGCUUCCUAAUGUUUGCACAUUUUUUUGGAUGAAUGGAUUUGUACCACUCAUACUGUUAGCCACGAACCCUUAUCUAAGUGAUGUCAACAGUAUGAAUUCUAAAAAGUUAUCGCGCUUGAAGAAUAUUAGAAUAAAAUUGUUGCAAUUUCGAGGAGUGGUUAUUAACGCUCUAUAAUGAUCAUUAGGCGCUCCUUUAUUUCGUUA